GAAAUUCCAUUUUCCAUUCGCGCACACAACGUGAAAGUCGUCAAACGUUGUUCGCUGUUUUCCUAACCGUAGCGCAUUUACCUGCUGCUAACGUGUUUUCUCUCUGGAUAUCACUUGGUUCUUGUUGAAUCAUCAAGCCAAGGGUUAUAAAAGUUCACGGUGAAACCGCGUCACUAUAUAAACUGCAGUGAAGAAGCGUCGCACAAUUUUGACUUGACAAUAUGGCUGCAGCGUUCAUCUCGAUUGUGGUUUUCGUUCUUUUUCAGUCAUGCACAUGUGCCAACUUCAAAAUACCUCCUAACCCUCUCCUGGAAAGCGCUGAGGGCAUGAAGUGUCUGUACGAGGAUUCAGUCUACAAUCCGUGGCAGCGUUUUGUUAAUGAGAAGUGUACUGGGUACUGCACUUGUAACGGGAGGAGUGGUGACGUGGGAUGUGUUUCUUUGUGUCCUCCAAGCCCCGUACCUUGGUGCUCCCAGGGAGAGCUCCCUGAGACCCGCAAUGAACCGGUUCCGGAUAUUCUUGACCCACUAGGCAGAUGUAGUUGCAAGCGAAAGUCUUGUAACCCACGUCCUAACCUUCCGCCUCCGCCUCCCCUUGGGGGAUCUAUGGAACAUCACGUCAUCCCAGAGUGCAGAGGCCGCGUUCCAAAUGAAUGGUUUAUAAACGAGAAGUGCACUGGACGGUGUCGUUGCCGGUUGAGUGGCAUCGUUUGUGUUUCUCUCUGUGCACAGAUGAGAGUCAAAUGCUCUUCAGAUGCCGAGAUGGAAACCUAUGACCAGCCAAUGGAUGAUGUGGGCCGAUGCACGUGCAAGCGAGAGAGAUGCGUGGAAAAAAUCGGGGUCUGAUUGCAACUUUGAUGGCCAGAAUCCGGCAACAUGUCGUGAUCAAUAGUUUUUGUUAAGAAUGAAGAAAGCAGUUACAAUUAGAACAGCAGACAUUGUAGUAUGUAAUAAUAGUCAUAGCUUAGUGCGUUCAGCCCUGCGUAGCUAUGUUAAAUAUCAAAUAUUAUCAAGUAUGUUAUCGUCAUGAUUUGAUUAAUCACUUAAUUAGGUUAUACUCUGAAGUUUAUCAGGACACGCGGACAUGAUGACUUUACCUGUUUCUCUUGAUUAGCUUUAUAAUUGAUGACGGAUGUAUUCCUGUUAAAUGAAAAUAAAAAAUGCAAGGUAGCCCGAA